AUGUCCUCGCCUACAAACUGUAGUUGGCCCGACUCCCUUUCUGACGGCAUUACAGCGUCCACAGAAGAGCUCAGCAAGGAUAAUGCAGUCCAUCACCUCGAAUAUGUCCCUCCUAUAGCCACUGUGAAGCUCAAAGCCUUCUCGGAGCCUUGGCCGGGCGAUAACCCCACAAGCUCUCGAGGAACAGAGUAUGUCGACGCCUAUCUGGCUUGGGCACGGCACGAUGGCCCAGCGCUGCAAGUGGUAGUACAAACCCAAGCUCGGGCGAGAAUUAUGAGGGCUCUCCCGAUGAUCCAAGCAACAGAUUGGACAGAGGCAGAGACUGAUCACUUGCUUUAUCUCAUCGACGAAGAAUAUUGGCGUCUCUGGCGUGAGUCCCUCGAUCACUCUUCAAACAAGCUCACCUCUUACUAA